GAACACAGUCCUAUUGGCUGUUGGAUUUGUUCUUCAUUUGCAGUUCUUCUUGGUGUCGGUGGUGUCAGCUGGGUUUGGUGUUCAUUUAUGGGGCGUUGAUCGGACGCAGGUCAGGUGAUUCAUGAUGGCUGUGGCUUUGGACGCAGUUUGGAUUAGGGUGAAGAACGUCUGCAAACAGAAUGGACUCCUCAUCAUGUCAGUGUUGGCCGUGGUUAUUGGCUGUCUGCUGGGGUUUUUCUUGAGGACGCGGCGCCUCACAGAGCAGGAAGUGAAGUACUUCCAGUUUCCAGGGGAACUGCUGAUGAGGAUGUUGAAGAUGUUGAUCCUCCCCCUGGUUGUGUCCAGUUUGAUGUCCGGACUCGCAGCCCUGGAUGCCAAGUGUUCCAGUCGCCUUGGGCUGAUCACAGUGUCUUAUUACCUGUGGACCACCUUUGUGGCUGUAAUCGUGGGGAUUAUCAUGGUGUCCAUCAUUCACCCAGGGGGGGCAGCCCAGAAAGAAGACUCUGAGGACAGCAACAAACCGAUCAUGAGUUCAGCGGAUGCCUUACUAGAUCUCAUACGAAACAUGUUCCCGUCCAAUCUGGUCCAGGCGACAUUUCAACAGUAUCGAACCAGUAGUGAAUACAUCCUAAGAGCCAAGCCGGCAGUGAGUCAGGCUCAGUCCGAGUCCACAACACGGCGAGCGCUCAUCUAUGGUAUCCAAGACGAUAAUGGAAGUCACGUCCAGAACUUUGCCCUUGACUUGACUCCACCCCCUGAUGUGAUCAUAAAAACCCGGGAGGGAACAAGUGAUGGAAUGAAUGUUCUUGGAAUUGUGAUCUUUUCUGCCACUAUGGGUAUUAUGUUGGGACGAAUGGGACCCAACGGCAGCGCCUUGGUGAACUUCUGCCAGAGCCUGAACGAAGCUGUUCUCAAGAUUGUUGCCAUUGUCAUAUGGUACUUCCCCUUUGGGAUUGUGUUCCUGGUGGCCGGUAAGAUCCUAGAGAUGAGUGAUCCGUCUGCCAUGGGGAAGAAGCUGGGUUUCUACGCAGUGACUGUGGUGUUUGGCCUUGUGUUACAUGGCCUGUUCAUCCUGCCUGCCAUGUACUUCUUCAUCACCAAAAAAAGCCCCAUUGUUUACAUACGGGGAAUCCUGCAAGCCCUGCUCAUCGCCCUGGCAACCUCCUCCAGUUCUGCCACGUUGCCUAUCACGUUCAAGUGCCUCUUAGAGAACAACCACAUCGACCGUCGCAUCAUUCGCUUCGUGCUGCCUGUGGGCGCCACCAUCAACAUGGAUGGAACUGCUCUGUAUGAAGCUGUGGCUGCCAUUUUCAUCGCACAAGUCAACAAUUAUGAGUUGGACUUUGGCCAGAUCAUCACUAUCAGUAUCACAGCUACUGCAGCCAGUAUUGGAGCAGCAGGAAUACCACAGGCUGGACUGGUUACCAUGGUGAUAGUUCUAACCUCUGUUGGGUUACCCACCGAUGACAUCACUCUGAUUAUUGCAGUUGACUGGGCGUUAGACAGAUUUCGUACCAUGGUCAAUGUGAUGGGGGACGCUUUGGCCACCGGCAUCAUGGCACACAUCUGUAGGAAAGACUUCCUGAAAGAAGGAGACGGAGUUCCUUUAAUCUGUGAAAGAAAACCAACCAUGAACUGUAACAACACCAACGGUACCUACCAGGCCCCGCCCCCUGGCAUCCAGAGUCAGCUCCUCCCCCCGGACGUGGCCCGUCUCAUACAGCUGGAGGAGGGAGUCCAUCCACGGCCUGAGAGGAAAAAACCUGUGGUUCCUCCCAGACUCCUGAAGAAGUGCCCAGAGCACUGCACCAUCGACAUGAAUGGCCUUGAGACCAACGUGUAGCCUCUGAGUGGAGUCAGAUGAUCUGAACUGGACCUUCAGGAACACCAGUGCAGGAGGUCAGCUGAUCUGAACGGGACCUUCAGGAACACCAGUGCAGGAGGUCAGCUGAUCUGAACUGGACCUUCAGGAACACCAGUGCAGGAGGUCAGCUGAUCUGAACGGGACCUUCAGGAACACCAGUGCAGGAGGUCAGCUGAUCUGAACGGGACCUUCAGGAACACCAGUGCAGGAGGUCAGCUGAUCUGAACUGGACCUUCAGGAACACCAGUGCAGGAGGUCAGCUGAUCUGAACGGGACCUUCAGGAACACCAGUGCAGGAGGUCAGCUGAUCUGAACUGGACCUUCAGGAACACCAGUGCAGGAGGUCAGCUGAUCUGAACGGGACCUUCAGGAACACCGGUGCAGAAGUCAGAUGAUCUGAACUGGACCUUCAGGAACACCGGUGCAGAAGUCAGAUGAUCUGAACAGGACCUUCAGGAACACCGGUGCAGGAGGUCAGCUGAUCUGAACUGGACCUUCAGGAACACCAGUGCAGAAGUCAGAUGAUCUGAACGGGACCUUCAGG